AUGCUUCUUCGUUUGCCGUCCGGUCUGCACUACCCAAUCACGGUGACGUCGCUGCUCAAGCAGCCUGGCGAUCCGAUUGAGAGGGAUGAGGCUCUGUUCUGGUAUUCGUAUGAGACGAUGGUGACGGAAGGUGAUGAAUUCGGGAACAGGACCGAUGUCCUGCGGAAGUUUCCAGCAAGAUAUGAAUCGACUGCCGAUGGAGAAAUUGUUCAAUGGAAAAUCAGAAAGGGGGAUGUUAUUGAUGAUGCUGUCGAUAUUGUUGAAAUCGAUGAGCCUUGUGCGCAUGAGGUCCAAUUCGGCGGACUAUGCGCGGAGUGUGGCAAGGAUAUGACUCAAUCCACAUACAAUACUGAGAUCAUGGAUUCCACGCGCGCUCCGAUUCAGAUGACACAUGAUAACACCACGCUGACUGUCAGUCAGCGGGAAGCAACCCGAGUGGAAGAGGAUGCAAAGCGCCGGCUACUUGCAUCGAGACGUCUGUCUUUGGUGGUAGAUCUUGAUCAAACAAUUAUUCAUGCCACUGUCGAUCCGACAGUUGGAGAAUGGAAGGAGGACAAGGAAAACCCUAACCAUGAAGCACUGCGGGAUGUGCGACAGUUUCAAUUGAUUGACGACGGUCCUGGGAUGCGCGGGUGCUGGUACUAUAUCAAGCUCCGGCCGGGACUGGAGGAAUUUUUGCAAAAUGUGGCUGAGAUCUAUGAAUUGCACAUCUACACUAUGGGCACUCGAGCCUAUGCUCAACAUAUUGCUGAUAUUGUUGAUCCUACCCGCAAGCUAUUCGGAGAUCGAAUCCUCAGUCGCGACGAGAGUGGAAGUUUGACCGCCAAGAACCUGCAGCGGCUCUUCCCCGUGGACACCAAGAUGGUGGUUAUUAUCGACGAUCGCGGUGACGUGUGGCGCUGGAGUCCCAACCUCAUCAAGGUCUCUCCUUAUGACUUCUUCGUCGGAAUUGGCGAUAUCAAUUCGAGCUUCUUACCAAAGAAGCAAGAAAUUGCAGCGAAACAACAAGCGAUCCAACCCAAAGAGCCCGCGAAGAAAAAAGAACACCAUGUCAAUGGCAAGUCUGAAGCAGGGACGGAGGUCUCAGCAUUGGAGCAGUUAGUGACAAUGGGAGGUGACCCAAGGCUGCUCCAGGAGCAGACUAAUGCACAAGAAGAGACCAUAUUACACCAGGUGGAAGACAGACCUCUGCUGCAGAAACAGAAGGAACUGGAGGCAGAAGAUGAGGUAGCUGAAAGCAACGAAUCAACUUCCAGCAUGGAAGACUCCCAGGAAUCCAUGAAACACCGCCACCAUCUACUCGAGGACCACGACCAAGAACUCUUCCAGCUACAAAACCGACUUGAACAAGUACAUACACAAUUCUUUGACGAAUAUGACAAGAAGCGGACCCUCGCACUCGGGGGUCGGGUGGCAGCUCUAAGGGGAGAGAAGGUCCCAUCGAAGGACAAAGAUGUGGAUCUGAAACUGGUCCCUGAUGUCAAAGACAUCAUGCCACAAAUCAAACGCCGCAUUCUCGGAGGAGUGGUCUUGGUAUUCUCGGGUGUCCUUCCAUUAGGAACGGACUUCCAGAAUGCCGACAUCUCUCUCUGGGCCAAGAGCUUCGGUGUGAUCAUCUCUCCAAAGGUCAACGCCCGCACAACUCACCUUGUAGCUGGCCGCAACCGCACUGCCAAGGUGAGGGAAGCCACUCGCUACCCAGACAUCAAGAUCGUCACCACACAAUGGCUUGUCGACUCACUGGUCCAAUGGAGACACGUGGACGAGGAACCCUACCUACUCCCCGUCCAUCCAGAUGACCGCGGCGAACCUCUCUCCCCAGGCUCCCGAGAACAAGAAAUGGCCUGGCUCUCCUCAACAGACGAAGACACGAAUGCCUCUCAGUGGACAGAGGGUGACGAUGCCGAAGGCUUCAUGGAUGAAUCCGGGCUAGACUCAACAUCGCCCAUCGGAUACGAUGCCGAGGAGCAGGCCGCCGUGCACGACGAAUUAAAAGAUUUUCUCGGCAGCGACGACGAAAGCGAGAGUGACAACGAAUCAUUACCAGACGAGACAGCGGCAACUGGCACGAAGCGGAAACGCGGCGACGGAACUGAGAGCGGGACCGACGAAGAAGAAUCCGGAGAUGACGACGGAGAUGAAGAAAAACGAGGCUCCCGAUUGUCGCAACGCAUUAAACGCUCGUACGAGCGGAACACCGGGCUCCGGGAAGUCGUCUCGGCCCCUACCGGAGGGGAAGAUACAUUAGUCCCGUCAGUUCCGCAAGAAGACGAGUCCGAUUCUGAGACUCUGGAAGGUCGUGACCAGAAUGCAAACCCCGAUGACGAUGACGACGAGCUAGAACGGGAAAUGCUCGCUGCCUUGGAGGAGGGGGCAUAUGACCCUCAAGCGGAAGAGGAUAUCGCGGCUGAGAAUGGAUAA